AUGUCCGCCGUCGUUGAAGACUACGCGCAAUUUCGUGGUCUGGCUUUCCUGACGCAAUACAGUGUCCCCGACCGUGAGCUUGGGGUUUUUUGCGAACGGCAACCUAACCUCGUAACGUCCGUCGAUACGGCGGCGAUUUUUAUGCAGAUCGUCGAGUAUCUCAACGUGAUGGACUUGCAGCCCCGAUCGCAAGCCUCGUGUGUUGGCCCACACGAUCCCGACAGGACCCAGCCAAACACGGUACGCUGCGCGAUCGGGGUGCCGGGAGGACCUUUUACCACCCCAUCCAGCAUAAUUUUGCCGUAUUCGUUAGCCCCGAUGAGUAAGUCAAACCCUUGA